AUGGCUCCAGCCAAUUUGGUGCAAGGCUUGAACUCCCCAGACCCAGCUGUGAGGGAAAAAUCCAUUGCUGAGACAGAGAAAAGGCUCCAAGAUGAAGAAACGAGCCAGGAGGAAGAAAGCAAGACUGUGGUGAACAGAACAGUCAUCAACAGACAAGCUUCUGUAAGGGUGGGAAGUGCAGAGGCAGUGACUGCAGAUGCUUUCCUGGCAAUGCUGGAAAAAGAUGCAGAAGAACGAGCUGAACGAAGGAGGAGGAACGAGCACUUAGCAAAUGCCCUGAAGGAGGAGGGAAACGUUGCCUUCAGGAAGGGAGACUUUGUCACAGCCAUCCAGAGGUACACGGAAGGUCUGGAGAAGCUGAAAGACAAGCAGGAACUCUACACAAACAGAGCACAGGCCCACCUGAAGAUGCAGGAGUAUGAAAAAGCCCUCAGUGACUGUGAAUGGGCAUUGAAGUGCAAUGAAAAAUGUAUUAAAGCCUAUUUUCUGAUGGGGAAAGCUCACCUGGCACUUCAGCACUAUGAGGAGUCCAGGCAGUGUUACCAGAAGAUCUUAGAAAUUGACCCCCAAAAGGAAAGCCUGUUCAAAGAUUGCAUGAAUGAGGUAAACUUGGAGGAGAAAAGAAGGCAAGAUGAAGAGAGAGCAAUGGAGGAAGUUCAGGCUGGAAAUCUUGCUGCUCUGUCCAUAAAAGAACUGCUGCAGAAACUUGCCAGGCCUGACCAGAGCAUCCUCUACUACACAGGAGGGAUCAGGCUUCUGGCAGGAGCUGUGAGAGACCGCACUGAACAAACUUUAUUUCGGACAAACAAUGGGUUCAGUAUCCUCAAAGACAACGAGCCUGUCAGACGGGGCUUCUGUGCAGAGAGAAAAGACACUGCUGAAAUGGAUCUGUGUGUUGCUCUCCUGUGCCUUUGGCAAGCUGUCUGUGCUGGGAAUGAAGAAAAUCAGCGUCUGCUUUGGACUGACUCUGGGGUGAGUGCUGAGCUGCCAGAGCUGCUGUCCUCAGGGAUACAGGAGAUCCAGCAGGAGACACUGGCACUGAUUGCUCUUUACUCAGAGAGUGAGGCUGGGAGGAGGCUGCUGCUCAGGCACCACGACCCAACCAAGUGGCUGCAGCUUUUGAUGACAUUUGUCAGCAGCCCAGACCCCAGAGCCAGCAGUGCCAUGGAUGUGCUGUCUGAGUUAGCUCAAGAGGAAAGGUUCAAAGCUCAGUGUCAUGUCCUGCUUUCCACUGGUGUUUUACCUUUAUUCACCCAGUUGCUGGCCUCUGCCAGGCUGGUGAACCAGGCAGCCCUGGCCCGUUGUGUUGGCAUCAUGGGGAGCCUGUGUGCAGAUGCAGCCACCCGAGAGCAGCUGGCUGGGAGCAGGGAGUGCUGGCAAGCCUGCCUGGAGCUGCUGGAUGAAUGCAUGGAUAUCAAAACCCCCCCAUACCAGGAGUGUUUGUUUGCAGUGCUGGGCCUAAUGAUGAACUUGCUGCUUGAAUCAAACGAGACCAUCCAGGGCCUGGCUGUGGACAUCAGCUGCAGGUGCUUGGCUCUCCUCAGGGCUGAGGAAGGCAGGAUUGUGACAAGAGCCACUGGGCUGCUGAGCCGGGUCCUGCCAACCUCCUCCCCAGCUCAGGAAGAGGCAGUGAGAGGAGGGGUGGUGAAGAAAAUGAUCAAGUUCUUGAAAGCUGGAGGAGAGAGCACAACCACUUAUGCUAUAAAGACCCUUUGCAUCUGCACCAGGAGCAGCAGACAAGCUCAGGAGGAUCUAGUGAAGGCAGAUAAAAGGUUCCAUGUGCUGCUGAAGCUCCUGGAGUCAGAGAAUGAGCUGAUUGUGGGAAAUGCAGCUUUUUGCCUUGCCCAGUGCCUGGCAGUCCCUGGAGCAGCAACAUCCUUACUCAGUUCCAGCGUGGUGAGGACUCUGCUGAGACAUGCUGGUGGUGAUGCUGCAAGAACUUCAGUGCAGGAGAAUGCAGCAAUUGCUCUGGGCAAGCUCUGUGUUGCUGAGCCAAGGCACCUUGUUCAGCUGCGGAAGCUGAACGGCCUGGCCAUCCUCAGCUCCUCCAUGAAGCACGUGCAGGGCAUCUGA